AUUGGUUGUUCCUUUUUUGGCUCUCCAACACCGCCUAGACCCACCGGAUACACUGGUAGGGCUUCCGCUUCCCCCUUCUCCCUCCUCCCGCUUGUCCUCUUCUCCCAGUCGGCAGCACAGCGGUGGCUGCCGGGCGUGGUGUCUGUGGGUCGGUUGGUUUUUCUCUCACCGUUGGUGUCCGUGCCGUUGAAUUGCCCGCCAUGGCUGAGCUGGAUCCAUUCGGCGCACCUGCUGGCGCCCCUGGCGGUCCCGCGCUGGGGAAUGGAGUGGCCGGCGCCGGCGAAGAAGACCCGGCCGCGGCCUUCUUGGCGCAGCAGGAGAGCGAAAUUGCGGGCAUCGAGAACGACGAGGCCUUCGCCAUCCUGGACGGCGGCGCCCCCGGGCCCCAGCCGCACGGCGAGCCGCCGGGGGGUCCGGAUGCUGUUGAUGGAGUAAUGAAUGGUGAAUACUACCAGGAAAGUAAUGGUCCAACAGACAGUUACGCAGCUAUUUCACAAGUGGAUCGAUUGCAGUCAGAGCCUGAAAGUAUCCGUAAAUGGAGAGAAGAGCAAAUGGAACGCUUGGAAGCCCUUGAUGCCAAUUCUCGGAAGCAAGAAGCAGAGUGGAAAGAAAAGGCAAUAAAGGAGCUAGAAGAGUGGUAUGCAAGACAGGACGAGCAGCUACAGAAAACAAAAGCAAACAACAGCACAAACAUAAACCAUCCUUGCUACAGCCUAGAACAGGCAGCAGAAGAAGCCUUUGUAAAUGACAUUGAUGAGUCAUCCCCAGGCACUGAGUGGGAACGGGUGGCCCGGCUGUGUGACUUUAACCCCAAGUCUAGCAAGCAGGCCAAAGACGUCUCCCGCAUGCGUUCAGUCCUCAUCUCCCUCAAGCAGGCCCCGCUGGUGCACUGAAGAGCCACCCUGUGGAAACACUACAUCUGCAAUAUAAUCCUACUCAGUGAAGCUCUUCACAGUCAUUGGAUUAAUUAUGUUGAGUUCUUUUGGACCAAACCUUUUUGUCUUUAGAGUUGAUCAUUGUUUGUGAUUGCAUGUUUCCUUCAACUGUGUUCUCCCUGGCAUUCAGAGAGGAGGGGGAGGAGUAAGAGGAAGGGGAGGGAAGCCUCCCAACAGUAGCCUCAACCUGUGCUUUUGUGCAUUAUUCUGAGAAUAAAUUUCUGUUUCAAACUGUA